GUUAUCCCUCUAGAGUCUCAUUAUUUUUGGCUUAUCGAUGUUUUUAUUCAUCACACGAAUGGAGUCAGUUUUAGGCACAGAAUAGUAAAUGUGCCAAAAUGGAUGAAGAGGACUUGAUAAACAUCGACACAUCCGAAUACGAAUUCCCUAACAUACUAUGGCACGUAAAACCCGCCCAAGAGAUAGCCAUAAAAACCACGGCCAUGCUAGCCAUUGGAAUUACCGGUAUCUUCAUGAAUUCCAUUAUUAUCAUCGUGAUUAUCAGAAACAAAUGGUUGUGGAGUGCCAGCAAUUACCUCGUGGGUAAUCUGGCUUUGGUUGACCUGAUCACGUUGAUUUUCUGCCCGUGGUUCAUGCUGGUCAGAGAUUUCUACCAACAGUACGUGUUGAAGACUUUUGGGUGUCAAUUUGAGGGGUUUUUGCAAGCAACAUUACUUCUAGCAGGAGUUGGUGCUGUCAUGUUGGUAUCUUACGACAGGUUAGCGGCAGCCGCGCUGUCAGCCGACGCCAGGGUCACAAGAAAUGUGGCUCCAAAAGCCAUAUUUUGCACUUGGUUCAUCGCUAUUGUGUUAUCCUUGCCUUGGAUAUUAAGGAGAGAGUAUACGGAGCGGCAGUGGCUAGAUUAUCUUGAGACUUUUUGCGUAGAAGAUGUUGAAGUGCUCGGCAUAUAUUGGCAUUUCACUCUUACCCUACUCGUCUGGAUUCCCUUGGGAUUAAUGGUUGUGACUUACGGCACGAUAAUGUGGCGCUUGGAGUGCAGUGCUCGUGAACUCUCGACCCGUGGCAGUGGCCACGCUGUGACCAAGGCCAGGAGCCGCGCUCUGAGGAUCACGGCGUGCGUGCUGAUGACCGCCGUCGUCUGCAGGCUGCCGUACACUGUCCUCAUCUACUGGAGGAACAAUUUGAGCAAUGAUAUCAAUUCGGUCGAAGGCAGCUACGACAGCAUGUGGUUUGCCGCCAACUAUCUCAUGUACCUGAACUGCGCAGUCAACCCUCUGAUUUACGGUUUCACCAACACCAGACUGCGCAAGGCUAUGGACAGAACGCCGGGGGUGGCUUGUUUUAAAUUUGGAUCGUGGUGCUGCGUGUGUGCUAUGCUGCACAGAAAACAAGUAGUCGUCACAGAUAAACAUACAGAGAAGAUAUUCGUAAUUGAAAGCACGCCGCGCCCCAACAAGAAACUCACACAUGUCAUCAAAAAUAUUCUGCACAUCAACAAAGAAACAGUAGAUUUUAGCAUAAAGAAUGAUGAAAUUACCAUGAAACCUACCAGAGUUACACCAGUGUGAUUUGAAAGGAACGUUCACAAUUUAAUACAUAAGUUAGAAUGCAUGUCAUAUAAUGAUCUUAUGACAUGUAAAGUACGAGUAACAAGUUCAAAACUGCAAUAAGUUAUAAUUCUCUCUUACGUUUCCAUAUAACUUUAAUCCACUUUCUAUUGUAUUCAAUGUAUCUGCCCAUACGAAGAUAGU